AUGGCGGUUUGUGACUCAGUGACCUUUGAGGAUGUGGCUGUGAACUUUACUCUGGAGGUGUGGGCUUUGCUGGAUCCCUUGCAGAAGAAUCUCUACAGAGAUGUGAUGUGGGAAAUCUUCAGGAACCUAGCCUCUACAGGAAAUGAAUGGGAAGACCAAAACAUUGAAGAUCAGUACAAAAAUCCCAGGACAAAUAAAGGGAGUUAUAUGGUAGAGAGAGUCUGUGGAAGUGAAUGUGGAAGUGAAGAAGGUAGUCAACAUGGAGAAAGCUUCAGCCAGAUUCCAGAUUGUCAUCUGAACAAAGAGUAA